AUGCCAGGGUUCCCACGCCUGGGUGCUCCAGGGCUCUACACGGAACCUGCCCUGCCCACUCACGGACUCUUGCUGCAAUCACAGUUCCUUCCGGAUGGAUUGAUCAGCACACAUGACCGUUACGGUACAAUCCACGAUAACAUGUCGGCGCGCCGUGCAGGGCGUCCAUGCAGGGUCAAGAUACCAAUCUACCGGGACAAGAACACGCCCUGGCCAUGGAAAGAGUCGCUUCAAUUUCCUCACCAGAACAAUGCUCAAGAGGCCGAUGCGAGACAGAAUCACGACAAUUCAGCAGAGAACUUUAUAUAUGGCGAUAGCAUGGCAUUCGGACCGAGUUUCUGCGGGCUCCAGGUCACGAUGCAGGCGCGAAACCUCCGGGAAGCACGUUACCUGCACGAUCAAUUAUCUCCGCUGGGCCCCAUUCUCAUGGCAUUGUCGGCGGCGUCACCCUUCUUUCGUGGAUUUCUCACGAAUACAGACGUUCGAUGGAAUCAGGCGGCUUCGGCGGUGGAUGAUAGAACUACGAAUGAGCUUCAUUCAAAUACUAUCAAGCCCGCUGGCUUGCAUGCACGCUGGUCAUCGACGGCAAUGUACAUCUCUGACGACUCGCAACUUCAGCCGGCCUACAACUCACCUGAGAUUAAAGCUGACCCAGCAAUCAAGCGAUACCUCGAGCAUCACAGCAGCAUGGAUUCCCUGCUGGCUUCGCACUACGCCAACAUCCUUACUCGCGAUCCUAUCGCCUUGACAAAGAACGAACUCCGAUCCCACGAAAGCCUCGAUCUCUUUGAGAUUCUCCACUCUGCAGUCUGGCCGCAUGUCGACUUCAAACUGCCCUCUAAAGACGGUGCGGCAGGAUGGCGAGUUGAAUUUCGACCCCUGGAAGUCCAAUUGACUGAUGUCGAAAAUGCGGCGUUCGCGGUGUUUGUUACCUUGGUCGCCCGCACUAUUUUGCACUACGGGCUCAACUUCUACAUCCCCAUAGAUAAGGUCGCAGAGAACAUGGAGAGAGCACACACGCGAAAUGCGGUCCGCGAGCAGAAAUUCUUCUUCCGUCUGAAGGUGGGGCGGGCGACAUUAGAUGAAGAAGCGCCGGGAUCAGAAAAUCCAGACCAAGAAUAUACACUCAUGACCAUGACAGAGAUCAUGAAUGGAUCUCUGAGCUUGCAAAAUUCAAAGGGUCACUCCUUCCCGGGCAUUAUUCCACUCGUGCAGUCCUACAUUCUAGAGGUCUUUGAGAGUGUCUCCGGUGAUGAUAGACGGACGAUAGACAAGUACCUGGACAUCAUUCGAAAAAGGGCCACGGGGGAAAUGCUCACACCGGCGAGCUGGAUGCGACAGUUUGUGCAAGGACAUCAGGACUAUCACCAGGAUAGCUUUGUCUCGGAGCUUGCCUGCUAUGAUUUGAUGAAGGUCGUCAAGGCUUUGGGGGAUGGGAGGAUUGAUCCUGCAGAGCUGUUUCUUUGUGGACAAGGGACAAAGAAGGACAAAUUUUAA